AUGUCGAACCCCCCACUUCCCUCGACCCCAGCCGCACCCUUGACCGAGCCAUCCCAAGAACCCACGACAUCUGCCAGCUCGUCUACCGCACUCCCCUCGAUAUCCACAUGGAACUUCAGCCCACUGCUGUCCAUCAGUGCCUUCGCCGCACCAGCCCCAGUUCCAAUCUGGCCCGACGCCCCACGACGUUCGACAUCACCCGCGCGCUUCACCACACCGCCGCCGAAACCAACCCUGACGCUCCUGGCGUUCGCCAAUGAGAUACUCUACAAUAUCCUCGAGUUUCUCGUCCCAGUCGACGUCAAAAACAUCCGCUCGCAUCCAUUCGUAGCUCUCUCCAGCUCGUGCCGGCUCCUAUACCACUUAAUAGAGACUCGCUGUUUCCGCGUCCUCAGGAAUGCAGCCGAAGAUCCCAGGUCGCGGCUUGCGGCGAUGGACGAGAGCGUCUGCUGCUGCCGCCCCUGCGACAAGAGGCUGCACAAGCUGUACGACAUGACUGACGUUCGCUCGGCCGAAGAGAUGUGGGGGGCCUACAUCGAGCGAAAGUUCGGGUUCGACGCCGAUCUCAUCUGUGCGGCUAGAAGGGCCCAGAUACUGGCCAGGCCGGUCGUUGCCAUGGACGCGAAAAAUUCGGCGCAGAGCCGCGAGCAGGCGGCCAGGACGUUCUGGGCCGACAUGCGCCAGGACUGGGAUGUGGUGUACGCUCAAACGGGGUUGGUGCUUAAGCGGCCCACCGACGAGCUGCUGGACCUGACCGAGGCGAGCCUCUAG